AUGCAAGAUCCUAUUCAUGUUGAGACAAAAUUUCGGAAUAGACUACUUUCUGAAAUAGCAUCUAUGAAAAUAGGCGACUAUCAUGUUAGUAUUGACCAUUUGAUUAAUUUGAUAGAAUCAAAAAACAAAAUCGAACAUAAUUUAAUUAAAAGUGAUAUCUGUCCGAAAGACAGGCAAAACUAUGCUUCAUGUCGACGAAUAUCAUCCGAAUUAGUUCUACAGUUAUUAAAUAAGAUGGAGGAUUGUAAAGGAACAUACAUUUAUUUCUCAUUAUUACGGUCAAUUAUAACAGGAUUAAUAGAGAAAUCAACAACAAUCGAAGAGCGUUUGUAUCACGCAUGGAGUGUGGUAUUCACGUGUAGGUUUUGGUGGACAUGGUUACAGUAUUCGAAACUAAAAAUUAAUUACGAUGAUAAUGAUAAUGAAACAAUAGAUAAUAUUAAAGUUAAUAGUUUUAUUACCAAGCCAACGUUUUGGUGUAUAGAAAUUAAUGCUCACACCUUACUUUACAUUGUUUUAUUAGUUAUUAAAAGAAAACGACCUAUUGAUGCACUUAAUUCAUAUCUUUUUAAUUCACAAAAACAUGUGAAAAUACUUUUCUCGUUUACGAAGAAAUGCGAAAAAAUAUUGAUUAUCAAUUCCAUUAAAUCUCGUGGUGGACAGAUUGGUGAAUACCAUUUUAAAUUUCCACAACAUCAUAAACUUGAAAAGGAAGCUAACAAUUAUUCAAUAAAUCCUAUCCAACAUUUAAAUUUAACGGAAUCUGAUAUUGAAAAAAUCAUACUAAGUGCAUUUGAAUCAGCUAAACAAAAUAUUGAAAUCGUGAACAUGAAACGACUAUUGAAAAAUGAACAUAAAUAUUCCAUCUCCGAACUAAGUCAAUACAUAAAAACAAAUAUCAGUAAAUCGUCGUCAAAAGUAAUAGAUUAUACGAAAGGUUCUGAUUUUGAUGAUGAGAGUGACGAAGAUAAUCUACAAGAUGAUGGCAAUGAUUCAUCGAUGUCUGAUGAUAUAGAUCAAAUAUCAGCGAAUAGUACUGGUGAAAAAGAAGAAGAAAAUGUUAUUGCUAGUGAUCUAGCUGACGUUGAACGACAAACUUUUCAUGGUUGCCGAAUCUACGAUAAAAUUAAUCUUCAACAAAGCAAAACAAUAUUUUCGUAUUUAAAUCGGUUCGUCAUUGAAAUAUAUACAUAA